AUGGCUGUAAUCAACCAACCAAGUAGUCAGAUAAAAUUGACUAAUGUCUCUUUAGUGAGAAUGAAGAAAGGGAAGAAAAGAUUUGAAAUAGCCUGUUACCAGAAUAAAGUUCAGGAUUGGAGGCAAAAAAUAGAAAAAGAUUUGGAUGAAGUUAUACAGAUCCCCCAAGUUUUUCAGAAUGUUUCCAAAGGUCAAGUUGCAAACAAUGAGGAUUUAAAGAAAAGCUUUGGGACAACUGACCAAGACAAAAUUAUUCUUGAAAUAUUGGAGAAAGGUGAAAUUCAGUUACACGAAAAGGAAAGGAAUGCUAAUUUACAGCAAAAACAAAACGAAUUCUUAAAUAUAAUAUCUACGAAAUGCAUUAAUCCAAAGACCAAAAAGAUUUACCCUCCUUCCAUGAUUCAAAAGGCAUUAAAUGAAUUUAAAUUUCAUUUAAAUCCCAACAAACCCACUAAACUUCAAGCACUUGAGGCUAUCAAACUUUUGGUCUCCAAACAAAUUUUUCCCAUAGCAAGAGCACAGAUGAAAGUUAAAAUUAUACUAGCCAAUAGAGCCAAGAAGCAGGUAUUUGAAGAGCAUAUCAAGCCGUUGGUUGACAAGACUGAAUCAGAAUAUCAAGACUCUACAACUUAUGAAUGCAUUGGAAUUAUAGACCCUGUCAAUUAUAGAAUUAUUGUAGAUCUCUUUCUGGGCGACAAUUCAAAAGUCAGGAAAGGGGAUGGGUCUAUUGAAGUUCUUGAUAUGGCCGCCAUUAAGGAAGUUUAA